CAUAAUGAGACCUUGCAUUUUUGUCAAACAUAUAAAAUAGUCCUGGUGUUUGCGCUUUUGAAUAAACAAUUUUUCAUUCACACGCGUGUAUUGCAUGUUUUAAGGCAAAUGCAUUGGAUAGGAUGUUAAGUGCUUUGGUGCUAUAAUGUUGUGUUUAUUUAUUUUUACAUUUUUACAGACCACACAAGAUAAUUCUUCCAAUUUAAAUCUCAGUAGAUACUUUGCGUGAAGAGGGUAUCGCUGUAGAUAUGAAGCUUUUCAGAAAAGCUACGAAUUUAAUAUUGAAAGCUUAUAGACGAUAUCCGUACAAUGAUGUUUUGGUCGUUCGUCAAACUCAUCUGUGUACAUUCAAAUCACCAUUCAACAUCAUACAAUGUUUUGUUAGGCCCGAUGGUUUUUUAGAUCCAUCAACGUACUUAGUUUCAUCUAGAAAGCCAAUGUACAAAGCAGUUAUUUUUGAUAAAGAUGGAACUAUUAUUUGCUUUAACUCAAUGUGGAUGCCUUGGGCACGGACUAUUGCAAAAAACAUUUCUAGUGACAUUGCUCGGGAUAUAGGUUUCGAGAUAUUGACUACUCUUGGGUGCUGCCCAAAAACUCACAUUAUCAAUCCAGGUGUUUUAGCUGAAGGUACUGAAGAACAAAUAAUAAUCGCUCUGACAAACUUGUUAGUUUCUCACGGCAUUACAAAAAGCAUGGCUCAGUCCAUUGUGUCUAAGCAUGUAAAAGCAUUAUCACUUUCACCUGAGCACGUUGUUCAGUUGACUGAUAUGAAAAGCAUGUUAACUACUUUGAGACAGCACUCAAUCAAGACCGCUAUUUGCACAUCCGACAGUCGCAAAGGGACAGUACAAGCUCUGGCAGUUUUAGAUGUUUUACAUCUAUUAGAUGUUAUUGUGUGCGGUGAUGACCCUGGUAGACUUCCGAAACCGCAUCCAGAUAACGCGGAAUUCAUAUGUAAGGAACUCCAUGUGUCACCUGAAGAAACAGUUAUGAUAGGAGAUACCUCGACGGACAUUGCUUUUGCAAAAAAUGCUAAUCUAGGUUUAUGUAUUGGUGUUCUUAGUGGAAUCGGUCAACAAAAUGGUUUGGAGGAAACCUGGCUUAAGCAUUCUGAAAUUGAGGGUAAAAGUAAUUUAAACGAGGUUAAAUCAUACCAUUCAAAACCUAAGUUACAUAUCGUGCCAUCUGUGGGUCAUAUAUUGCCAAUCGUGUUGCCUGAUCUUAAUCUACCAAUCAGACAAAUUUUGCUCGGUAACAACGUGUUACAUCAAAAGCUGUCAAAUCAAAAGUUUAAACUGGUUAUUAUUGACAAAGAUGGGAGUUUUAUCAAUGUACAUCCCCGUUGGGCUGAAUGGUGUGAGAAAGUCUACAUAAGAUUAUCGGAAAAAACGUCUCCUGAUCUGGCAUGUACAUUUUUGAACAUACUGGGUUACUCUUCUGAGACGCGAAAAAUAGCUAAUGGUAUUUUAGCUGAAGGAUCCACGGUGUUUAUUGAAGAGUGCCUGCGGUAUUUGCUCAUACUAAAAGGUUACGGAGUCAAAGAGUCUGACCAGAUAGUAAACCAGAUAUGGAUAUGUCCAAGCUCUAUACCAGGUAUAACUAUAUCUGAUACAGUUGAAACAGUUAAGAAACUUAGGGAAAUCGGUCUACAAGUAGCUAUAAAUAGUUCAGACAGCCGAAAAGCCUGCGACAAUUUCUUGUUAAACCUAAAAUUGCAUGACUACAUAAAUAUCAUAGUGUCGGCUGAGGAUGCCGGUUGUCACCCAAAACCUUUACCACAUACUGUGCUUCAAAUCAUUGACAAAGUUGGAUGUAAACCUGAAGAAACAGUCACUGUCGGUGAUACACCUGCAGACUUAAUGUCCGGUCGGUUGGCUAAGGUUGGCCUUACUGUUGGACUGUUAUCUGGAUUUUCAUCGGCAACCGAUCUAAUCUCCUAUUCAGACCUAAUUUUACCAAACUUAUCUCAUCUCCCUAAUAUAUUCAUUGAUUAAAGGUAGUUUGAAGGAAGAAAUAAAACAAUCCAUAAAAGGAUGGUACAAAAUCAACAAAUUCAUUGUGUCAUAUUUUUUUAAGUUAUGAAUACUUCUUAGAAACUUUAUUCAAUUCUGAUUUCAUUUCCUUUGUACUUUAUACCACAAAAGAUGUAAGCUUAUUUUAUAAUUCCUUCUUCCAAAAUAUCUUCCUUGAAAUUUUUUUAAUGACAGUAAUAACCAUUUUUCAAUUAUUUCCGAUGACGGUUGUUAUGGAUAAUUUAGAUAUCAAGUUGAUUGAUGCUAAUAAAAGCAUUUUACCUAAAAUUCCUUUUUGUGAAUUCGAAUGAUAUGUUUGGCAGAUUGUCUGUUGAAACUCAACAUUUCUUAGUGUUUUUUUAUUAACUUCCAUCAUGCAAUGCUCACUCGUUUCCAUUAUUCAUUAACAUAAGAGAUCAGAUAUACUGACUGGGUAGUUGAUAUGAAGCUUUAAGAAUAAUCACUUGCCAGUAACUUGGAUACAGUCCAUGUUUAUGACGUAAUGAUGAAGAGAAGUUGAAAACCUGUUAAAUUUUCUGUCUUAUAUUCUAGUCUAUAGAUUUCCUGACUAACAUCUAAGGAAACAAUGACCCAAAUCCUGAUUCAGCCUAGGUGUUUUGACAAGUCAGUCAUUUAACAAGUGAUUUUUAGAAAACGUUGCUAAUAAUGAUUCAAUAAAAAAUCCAAGAAAAUACUUAGCUUAUCUAAACCUAAAACGAUUAAUAGUUCACCGGUCGUUUAAAUGUACAAAAAUCAACAGAACUUCAAGUCUCAUUAUUUCUAGACAACUCUCAUACAAAGUAAAUUAAGCAAUCACUGGCACGAAUAUAUCCCUAUAGAUUGAACUGAAUUAAGACCGUUCUAGCAGUACCACAUUGGUUUAGUUGUUUAAUUAUUACUAUGUUCUAGAUGAUAAAGUUAACAACUCACGAUUUCCUAAACUCAAACUAGUUAUUAUUUAUUACUUUCUGAUGUUUUACAUGAGUUGUUGCAUGCAUCUUUUAGCCAAUAUACAAUAAUUAUACACUCUAUUUAUUGGUGAGUACCUACUUCUAGCAAAUAUUUGUAUUUUAUUGGGUUUCUUAGAGCUCUAAACUUGAAAUGAAAUAUAAUGUGAAAGGAUUUAGUUAUUUAAUAAUUCUAUAGGUGCUUUAAUAUGAUAUUCAACUAAGAAAAAAUGCUAAUUUUGAAUAGACCACUAACCACUAAAUAAUAAGACGAAUAAAUUCUUUAUUUCUUUUGUUAAUAUGAAUUAUCCAGGAGAUCUUGAAUCAAUCGAAACUCACUUAAUCUACUACAUGAUAGUACUUUGUAAGAUAAUUGUUUUUGCUCUUCAUGAAUUACUUAAAUUCAGUGCAGGGACAAGGAUAUUAUCUAAAAUAUUAUGGACUUAUAAAGCACCAAUAUUAUCACAAACAUAUCACAAAACGUCUGUUUAAGACAUCGUGUAGCGUAUCUAAUCAUAAAACGCCGAUAGCAAAAUCCAAUGACUUUAGGAAUUCCUAUGAAUACAUUAUAAUUGGAGCUGGUUCAGCUGGAUGUGUUUUGGCCAAUCGUUUAAGUUUACCACAUCCUAAAACAAAAAAUUCUAGUAAAGUUCUGGUUCUAGAAGCUGGUCCUACAGAUGUUGGAAUUUCCAGAUGGACAAUUAAGAUGCCAGCUGCUCUUAUGUACAAUCUUUAUCACGAUAAAUACAAUUGGUAUUAUCACACUGUUCCUCAAAGACAUAUGAACGACCGUACUAUGUACUGGCCCCGAGGUCGUGUUCUUGGUGGAAGUUCAUCUUUAAAUGCCAUGGUCUAUAUUCGAGGUCAUCCGUUAGAUUAUGAUAGGUGGGAAUUGGAGGGUGCUGAUGGUUGGAAUUAUGCAAACUGCUUGCCAUAUUUUCGCAAAGCUCAGACUCAUGAACUCAAUGGGAACCAAUAUAGAGGUUCUAAUGGUCCAUUAUAUGUAUCCAGAGCCAAAACUAAUCACCCAUUACAUUCAGCCUGGAUUGAAGCAGGCAAACAGGCUGGUUAUCCGUUUACUGAUGAUGUAAAUGGGUAUCAACAAGAGGGCAUGGGCUACUUUGAUAUGACUAUUAAAAACGGUGAAAGGUGUUCAGCUUCCACAGCUUAUUUACAUCCAGCUAUGAAGUCUAGUUCUAACUUAACUGUUGAAACAAAUGCACUAGUCACGCAAAUACUUUUUGAAAAUAAAAGGGCGGUCGGUGUAAAAUACAGUAAAAACGGCCAAGUUCAUGAGGCUAGAGCAGAAUCUGAAGUGAUCUUAUCAGGAGGAGCUAUAAACUCACCACACUUACUAAUGUUAUCGGGGAUUGGUAAUGUAGAUUAUUUACGCUCGAUUGGAAUAGAUGCUUGGCAUCAUUUACCAGGUGUCGGACAAAAUUUACAAGAUCAUUUAGAAUUAUACGUACAGCAGGCUUGUAAAAAGCCAAUAACGCUUUACAAUGCUCAGUGGAAAUAUCCACAUAUUAUGGUUGGGAUCGGUUUAAAAUGGAUAUUAUUCCGUCGGGGCUGGGCGGCGACAACUCAUUUAGAAAGUGGUGGUUUCGUAAGAACAGAAGCAAAUAUUUCUCACCCUAACAUUCAGUUUCAUUUUCUCCCAUCGACAAUACAUGAUCAUGGACGUAAAAUGGGUGGUCAGCAUGCAUUUCAGGUGCAUGUUGGACCAAUGAGGUCAAGAAGUCGCGGCCAAAUUUUAUUGUCUCCUGCAAGUCUAGGUUUUGCUCCAAAAAUAGACCCAAAUUAUUUAGCCUGUGAAACUGAUCGAGCUGAAAUGCGAGCAGCCAUUCGUUUGUCACGCGAAAUAUUUGCUCAGCCUGCAUUAGCGAAAGAAUUCGCAGGCAAAGAACUGGCUCCAGGUGAGGAUAAAGUAUCAAAUUCUCAACUGGAUGAAUUUGUACGUUCUUUUGGUGAUAGCGCAUACCAUCCUUCUUGCACUUGCCGUAUGGGUAAAAAUCCUGAUGGUCGUAAAGCUGUAAGUGAUGAUGAAAUACACAAUGGUUAUUUGGGUAAUGGUAGAAUAGAGGCAGCAGUUACUCAAUCAAACUGUAAAGUGUGGGGCAUUGACAAUCUUCGUAUUGUUGAUGCAAGUAUAAUGCCAUCAAUUGUUUCAGGCAAUUUAAAUGCACCUGUCAUAAUGAUGGCUGAAAAAGCUGCAGAUAUUAUUGUCAGUUCUCGAGAUGGUGUUUCAGUUGUUUUGCCAGCUGAUUCAAAUCCCUCCUAUUGGAAACCAGAGCAUCCUGGUAAACAACGUGAUGGUGUUCCACUUGUAUCUCAUCAUUUGAUUUAACUAAUAUGAAGAUAAAAAAAAUUGAGAAAAUCUAUCCAGUAUAUUAACUCCCUCGUUUUAGACAUACUAUUUAUAAAGCACACAUUAUCACACUCCCAAUAAUAGUUGCUUUCAAAUAAAUGCCUUACUUGUUUUUUUUUCUUUUUUUGUCAAAGACUUCUAAAGCUCUUGAUAAUAGCAGUUUUUUUAAAAAUUACAUUUCCGUAUUGAAAGUGCUUAUAUUGAAAUUACAGGAAAUCCCAUUGAAUUAGAUUUUUCCAAAUAUCCACAUUCUAUUUUAUUUUAUUUUUGUUCCGUUUGGUUAACUUAAUAACAGUUUUUAUGAUAAUUGCAAUUUCAUAUAACAGAAUGGUAAUAAAUAAAGUGAUAAUUUAACUAUAUAUAUUGUUUUCUACGGAUAAAGCUCUAAAUUGAAACAUCCAAAAUUGCCAUAAAGAGAUUUACAUGGAAAAAUCAUUUUUUAGAUUAAUACUCAUGAUAUUAAUAGAUUUAUGUUAAUAAUCAAAUUGAACUUUGGCAAGUAUCUACAUAUCUUUUGCAGCUAAGUGAAUGGAUAUUAUUAACUUUUACUACAGAGUUUAGUACUUCUUGAAGAUGAAUCACAUAGACGCAUUAACCUAAUGAUAUCUAACGAUAUAAA